UCAACCCUCAAACCUCAUGCUCUCCCACACUAAAAACUUUCCCUUUUAUCUUUUAUUAUUAUUCAUCAAUGGCAAUUGAAGAUGCAUCCAUUUUAAUGGUGUUUAUACUCUUCAUAUCUUUUAUUUGUACCUUUAUUAUCUUCUAUAAAACAAAGGUUCUUUGCAGAUGUAAGAUAUGUCAUGCUUACAUUACUUCAAGUUGGUCAUUUGAGUUUGAUAAUCUUUGUGAUUGGUACACUCAUCUUCUCCAAAACUCACCUACAAAAACCAUACACAUACAUGUUCUUCACAACACCAUAACUUCUGACCAUCAAAAUGUUGAGUACAUGCUCAAAACUCGAUUCGAAAACUACCCGAAAGGGAAGGGUUUUUCAGCGAUUUUGGGUGAUUUUUUGGGCCGAGGGAUCUUCAACGUCGAUGGCGAAUAUUGGCGGUUUCAAAGGAAAAUGGCUAGUCUUGAGCUUGGAAAGAUGUCCAUAAAGUCACAUGCUUAUGAGGUUGUGAAUUAUGAGAUUGAUCAUAGGCUUAUACCUCUUAUAUCGGCGUUUUCGCGAAAAGAACAUGGUGUUUUGGACUUUCAAGAUGUUUUUCGGAGGUUUUCGUUUGAUGUGAUUUGUAAGUUUUCGUUCGGGUAUGAUCCUAAGUGCUUGCAUGAGUCGUUACCUAUGUCGGAGUUGGCUAUCGCGUUUGAUUUAGCCUCGCAGUUGUCGGCUCAGCGAGCCAUGACAACGUCGCCUUUGGUGUGGAAGAUUAAGAGGUUGUUUAAUGUUGGAAGUGAAAAGAGGCUUAAAGAAUCUAUAAAAAUGGUGAAUAAAUUUGCACAAGAAGUUAUUAGACAAAGAAAUAAGUUAGGAUGUUGUUCUAACCAUGAAGAUCUUCUUUCAAGAUUCAUGGAUAAAACAAAAGAUCCUAUCUACCUACGGGACAUUGUCAUAAGUUUUUUGUUAGCUGGACGUGACACUGUCGCGUCCAGUCUAACUGGUUUAUUCUGGUUGUUAGCUCAACAACCAGAAGUAGUGGCGGCCAUCAGAGCUGAAGCUCUGAUGGCUACACAACACGAAUCUCUAACAAGCUUAGAACAAUUACAUCAACUCCACUACCUACAAGCAGUGGUUUAUGAGGGGAUGAGAUUAUUCCCACCUAUUCAAUUCAACUCCAAGUUUUGCCAACUCGACGAUACUUUACCUGACGGCACGUUUAUCAAGAAAGGUACACGUGUCACAUACCACUCUUACGCGAUGGGCCGAAUGGAGACUAUAUGGGGGCCCGAUUGUUUAGUAUUCAAACCCGAAAGAUGGUUAAAAGACGGCGUGUUCUAUCAAGAAACCCCUUUCAUGUACCCGGUUUUUCAAGCCGGAUAUAGAAUGUGUUUGGGUAAAGAAAUGGCCCUUGUGGAGUUAAAAAGUGUGAUUCUUUCUCUUUUGCAACGAUUUGACAUCGAAUUAGCGCAUCCCAGCCGGGCCCCUCGGUUUUCGCCUGGGCUCACGGCGACCUUCCGCGAUGGGCUACCGGUUCGUGUUAGUGAAAGGAGGGGGCAGACUUUGCCUAAACCACAUGUUAGCACUAGUUGAUGGUUCAUAUGGACCACCUUAUUUAGUCAUUAUCAACCGUACAACGGUAUGUAUGUGUGUAUGUUGAUUGGCUUUUUAAUCAAUUGGCCGUUUUAUA